CCAAAGAUUUCUGACUUUGGCCUUGCUAAAUUAUAUCCAACAGAUAAUAGCAUUGUGACUCUCACAGCUGCUCAUGGAACGAUCGGAUAUGUCGCACCCGAAUUGAUCAACAGAUGCAUUGGAGAGAUCUCUUAUAAAGCUGACGUUUACAGCUUUGGGAUGCUACUAAUGGAAAUGCUGAACUUGAAGAGAAAUGUAGUUGAAAAUGAAGAGAAUUCCAGCCAAUAUUUCCCUGAUUGGAUUUAUGACAAGUUCAACAAGGGCAAGGAGAUAGUGCUGGAUGAAGAAGCAGAUGAUGACGAAAAGAAGAUGACUAGAAAGAUGAGUUUAGUUGCAUUAUGGUGCAUACAAACAAACCCAGUACAACGCCCUUCGAUGAGUAAAGUAGUAGAAAUGCUUGAAGGUGAAGGUGAAGUGCUAGAAGUACCUCCUCAGCCUCUUCAAUCUCAACUGACUGGUCCGUUGUUUAAUCAGGUCAUGGAAAGUUCUAUGACGUUAUCAUCUGAUUCAAUGGCUUUGUUAGAAAAUCCUAAUAAUAAUCUCGUAGAAGUAGACAUUUGUUCUGAUUGAUUCAUAGUUGAUACAAUAUUUAAAAUGACAUAUAUUCUAUGAAGUCUGUUGUUAGCCAGGGCCAGUUGCCAACCGCAUGAUCGCUGCAAUGUGAUUACAUGACAAGAGGGAGCUUCUCGGAUGCAAGCGUCGUUCACUUCCAACUUUUAAGGUUGUAAGUUCGAGUCACCAAGGGAGCAAAAUGGGUGGGAGCUCCUAGGAAGGGGUAAAUAAAAAAUAGAUAUUACAUCUGUGAAAGCACCGGUCAAUGGCCAAAUCUUUUGAUAGGUUUGGGAGAUAUCUAUACUCAAAAGUUGAAAGGGAAAUAUAUGACAGACUUGGUUGCUAGGGGAGGAUUGCCCAAGACCAUAUAAAGAGACCAAGGACCCUUUAACCUACCAAUGUGGGACUCCAACAGAUAUCUAGAAAGACACCAUCAUUUUAAGUUUAACUGGCCUUCGCAUAGACUUUAGGUUCAGUCUUUCCACAUAGGAGGCUGAUGAUCUACCCAAAUACAGUGCUCAAAUCUCGCACUAACUGCAGAUACACACACCAAAAGCAAAUUACUUACGAGGUCAAAUGUACGCUAGAGCAACUUUCUGACAGAUAUUAGCAUGAUGUUGUAAGGUGGAAGAACACAUCAACCGUGUGGUCAGUGUCAGUUGACAUUAGAUGUGUGUAUUACAUAGUGCUUCUUUGUAAGUAGUACUUUUUAUCUACUAUGAAACACUGGAAACAAAUGAGAUUUUCAAAACCUUAAGUCUUCGGCAUAAAUGUUGGAUUAUCUCAAAGCAUUCAAAACAUGCAAAAAUUAAAGGAUAAAAUACUAAAAGUAUAUGCAUGAAAUUCUAGGUCAUCGGGUGUUCAUAAUCCACCAUUUCUAAAGAAUGCAACUAAUAAUGGCAAUACCACAAUCUGAAAGUUAUAAGGAAAUCCAUAAGCCCAAAAUCAAGAAUUUAUCAAUAGAAUGAGAUUUCAUAGUUGUGAGUAUGAAAGAUUCUCAAAUUUAUAAAAAAACAUAUAUUCUUUGUUUAAGCAAGAAAAUGAAAACUAAAGGAAUUCACACUUUACAUAGAAACCCUAAGCUUGAAGGGUGAAUUAAACUUGAGAAAUUGAAUUAUAGUACUCAAUGUGUGAAAGCAAACUCAUUGGUGAUAUCUCACAUGCUUAAAGUAGAAGCCUUGACGACACCUUUGAAUUUGGAGACUGAAGUUUGAGACCCCUAGCCCUUGGUUGAAGGAGAAAAAUCACUCCUCCUCUCUAAAUUUUCAAGUGUAGUGAAUUAUGAGAAAUGAAGGACGGGGUGAGGGGUGGGGGUUUAAAAUUAUUAUUCAUCCUUUGGGUAGCUUAAACGACAUACUGCAAAAAGACCAAAUAACCCCUUUAAAAUAGUCAGAAAAAUAGUUGGAAACAGCCCCGACGAUCCUAGCUACGACUCGUAGAGUCUGGCAACAAGUCGUAACCUGAGUCUUUGCCUAGGACUCAAAUUUUGGGCCCUUAUGCUGUCACUACGAGUCACCCUAUGAUUCAUAGUGUCUCAUAAUGAUCCGUAGGGACUAACGACGAUUCGUAGUGUCUGAGUAGUCAUCACUGACAAUUUUAACAGUGCUUUAGUAAAUUGACCAUAAGUUUUUACUUCGAUAUCAAAUUAAGGUGAAGCUGGAUGCGUUGAAAAGAUAAUUCAAAUAUGUAUCAUUUGGUGGGUCUUGAUCUCAAAAAUAUUUCAGAAUCUAGAAGUAAUGCUUGUUUAAAGUUGAUUGUAGCAAGAUACUUCAUAAGAAAUCAACCGAUAAAGAAGUUUUUUACUUGAUUAUGAGCUAGAAGUUUCUUGUGGUCUUAAUAUAUGUCUAAAUCACUCUCAUACUACCAAAACGUUAUGCUUGAUUUUACAUGUAUUUUAAGCAUGGUCCUAAUCUUAGCGUGUUAUAAAAAUAAUAAUACAAAAAAGUUG